AUCAAUCGGUUCAUGAUCUCAAUCAAAAUAUUUCAGAAGCCUUAGAGAAAUAUUUCGCAUCAAUAAUCAUAAUCCUUUCUGUUUGAUGUUGAGAUCAUAGACUUUAGUAACAAGGAAUUUUGACUUAAACAUUAACUUAAUGUGGGAUUACAAUAUUGUAUUAGUCCUUUUAUUCAAAAGAAAAAAAUUCUUUUAGUAUUGAGUAUAUCUGUGUAUCAGUUGACUUGUAAUUAUUACUGAUAAUAACGUAGAUUACGCCAAGAAAUGAAGACAGACAUGAGAAACAAACAAAAACUGAACAGAACUGGAAAGGAAGACCCAGGACGGAGUGGGUUGAAGUAUGCUGGUCAUCGGCCCAUUCUUCAUUGGGAGUAACAGGUAUAAGUAAGUAAUAAGGUAGAUUCCCUCGUUUCAAGUAUAAGUGAUAAACGUUUUUGACACAACAAUCAACAGCGACCAGAUAUAAAAAGUAGCAUUCAAACAACAAGAUAUAUCAUCUAUAAUUUUUUUUUGUUUUUUAUUGUUUGUUCCUUGUCUAGUAUUGUCUAUAAUACAAAAUAUGAAAAUUGUUUCACAAUAUAAAUAUCUAUUUUGUAUAAAUCAAAUUAUUCCACAAUAUUAUCGUAUAUUCUAUUCAACUCAAACAACAAGAAUAACAAAUUAUGUACCAUUAAUUGGAUUAGAAAUUCAUGCACAAUUAUCUGUACAUAAUAAAUUGUUUACAUAUGUACCAUAUAGUUUUGGAGGUCCUCCUAAUACACAAUUAGGUUUACAUGAUGUUGCAAUUCCUGGUAGUAUGCCGAUUUUAAAUCGUCAUUGUCUUGAACUAGCUAUCAUUGCAUCAAUUGGAUUAAAUUGUAAUAUCAAUUCAAUUACAAAUUUUGAUCGUAAGCAUUAUUUUUAUACAGAUUUACCAGCUGGUUAUCAAAUUACCCAAUAUUAUAAACCAAUAUCUAUAAAUGGUUAUUUAGAUUAUAUUUGGUUACGAGAUAAUUCAAUCAUGGAACAACUUGAUCCAAUAUAUACAGAAAUAAUAUAUAGUAAUAAUAAUAAUAAUAAUAAUCAAUAUUAUUAUCGUUCACAUGCUCGUAUUAAAUGUAUACAAAUUGAACAAGAUACUGGUAAAAGUUUACAUAAUAUACAACGGGAUUGUAGUUUAAUUGAUUUAAAUCGUUCUGAUGUCGCUCUUAUAGAAAUUGUUACUGAACCAGAUUUUAAUUCAUCUGAUCAAGUUGCUGCAUUCAUUAUGGAUUUAUCACGUUUAUUAAGACAUUUAAAAUGUUGUAAUGCUAUUGGUGCAUUUGGUGAACUACGUGUUGAUGUUAAUGUUUCUAUUGGUCAAGAUAUAGCCAAUCAAAAUCCUCGAGUUGAAAUUAAAAAUAUUAGUACUAUUCAUGGUGUAAUUUCUUCAAUUGACUAUGAGAUUAAGCGCCAAUCUGAAAUUCUCAAUUCUGGUGGACAAAUUACACAAGAAACUCGGUGUUAUGAUCCAGUGGAUAAUGUAACCUUACGAAUGCGAGAUAAAGAAUUAGCUCAAGAUUAUCGUUAUAUACCUGAACCGAAUUUACCUUCUAUUAAAAUUUUAUCAAAUUGUUCAAUAUGUUCAUCUCAAUCAUCAUCCACAUUACCCACCUCAUCUGCAUCAUCAUCCACAUCACACACCUCAUCUGCAUCAUCUGGAUCUUCUAUAUCAUUAUCCAAUAAUCAAAUUUGUAUACAGUGUAUUAAACAAAAAUAUCAUUUAAAUUCUAUAAAUUGGUUAAUGAAUUUACCUCAAUAUAAAAAACAAUUAUUUUUAAUUGAACAUGGUUUAUCAUUAAAUCGUGUUAUUAUUUUAAUUGAUAAUAAUGAAUUAUGUCAAUUAUAUGAAUUCACAUUGAAUUAUUUAAUUAAUAAUAAUAAUAAUAAUAUAAUAAUGAACAUUUCAAUAUUUAAAGAUAAAAUAUUGAGACGUCUUCCUAAAGUUGAACAAUUGGCUGAAUUUGUCCAAAUGAAUUUAACUGGACAGAUAUUUGGACCAGCAGCAGUUCAACUCUUGAAUCUAAUUAUUCAGAGUGAUGAAAAUGCAUAUCCUUCAGUUUAUCAGUUAGCUGUUGAACAUGAUCUAAUUUUAAUUCAAGAUCCAGAUGAAAUCAAAAUUCAAUGUGAGAAACUAAUUAAUGAUUAUCCUAAAUUGGUCAGACAAUAUAAAAAUGGUAAUAAGAAAAGUUUAAAAAAGUUGGUUAUGCAUUUAAUAAAAAAUUCAGAAUGUUACAAUAAUUCGAAUAAAUUUAAUCCUUCUACUGUUUAUAAAUUACUUGAACAACUUAUUCUAUCCUCCUCCUCCUCCUCAUCAUCAUCAUCAUCAUCGACAUCAUCAUCUGAAUCAUCCGAAUCAUCGUCUUCGUUAAUCUCAUCAUCGAUAAAUAUUAAUUCAUCAUUAAGUUCAAUUAAAAUAGAUCAGAAAUGA